AUGGGGAAAGAGUUUACGACAAAAUUGAAAAAUUGUGGAGGCAGGAAAUGCGAGGUAGAAAAACAUCCGAUUCGUGAACUCAUUGAGAAGCGAAAGUGGAAAUGCAUCAUAAAGGGGUUAGUUCACGACGCCCAGAACUAUUGCGAAACCACGACGCUUCAUGGAUUUCAUUAUAUCACUUCCAACGAAGUUACUUGUACGGCUAAAAUAACAUGGCUGACGGUUUGUUGCAUGAGUUCCAGUCUCUGCAUUUAUUUAAUGCUGUCCGUUUGGAACAAAUACACAAUGACACCAGCGAUCAUAAGUGUUGAGUCGACGACUUAUCCCCUUUGGGGGUUUCCAUUCCCGGCAGUAUCAAUUUGUAACUUCAACAAAGUUUAUAAACCUCGUGGUGAUAUAUUAGCUGAAAAAAUGAAAUACAGCGGCAUGAACGAUUCAGAAAUCGCAUGUUUCUUUGAUGGCCUACCUUCGAUCGUGCACGAAAAAUUUUCAAAAAAGGACUUUUAUCGUGGUACGCAAACUUUAAAACGUCUCGGAUUUAAUCCUGAAACAACUAUGUAUACCUUGAUGCAGCCCUGCGACAAAUUUUUGGUCAAAUGUCGUUGGCUGGGUAAACAAUACAAUUGCUCGACAAUUUUUAAAACAGUCAAAACUGUUCAAGGUUUUUGCUGCGCCUUCAAUUACCAUGUGCUUCACGGUGAAUACCCAUAUGACGGUCACAAUAUAAUUGGUAUGGAAAAACCAGAGGAUGAUUCGGAGUAUCCAGGCGUUUUCAAUCCUCUGAUGAUACCGGGAUCUGGAAGAGAUUACGGACUUUUUGUGGCAGUAAACGUGGAAAGUGAGACUUAUCGGGCUCCGAUAAGGGGCUAUUUUGGGGCUUCCGUUAUGAUACACGAUCCUCUAGUUUAUCCGGAAAUCAAUAUACAAUCUAUCAAUAUUCAGCCAGGUCAAGAAGUUUCCAUAAAUUUAAAAGGUAGUGUGAUCGAGAGUGAAGAAAGUCUUCGGUCACUCAGCCUGAAUCAGCGCAAAUGUUUUUUCGAUGAUGAAAACAAGUUGAAUACAAGCUCACUGUACAGAUACGAAUCUUGCAUAAGUGAAUGCAGAAUGGAAUAUAUUUUCUUGAAGUGCGGAUGCGUGCCGUUCUAUUAUCCAAACACGAUGAAAAGUGCACCGAUCUGUGGACUUCUGGAUCUACCAUGCUUACGACAGCAUAGAAAUACCUUAGCGCUGCUGGAGGCUUCGAGCAUCGAUGAAAAUGCAAACAACUCGAACAUGCCACCAGUGGAGAGAGUCAAGUGUCGUCAUGACUGUUUGCCACAAUGCACUGACAGAUCUUAUACUCUGACAUCAAGUAGUGCUUGGUUCAUGUCAGAGGAAAACUUCCGGAAAGCUCACAUCAAUGAAAAACCUUUUUUCGAAUCGUCUAAUGAAUCAUCUAUCACGGUGUACUUUCCGGACAUAACGUGUCUCAAGUAUCGUAGGGAAACUGUUAUGACAUGGGAAAAUCUUCUGGCUGCUUUUGGAGGAAUCUUUGGGCUGUGCAUCGGAGGCUCAUUCGUGAGUUUGGUGGAAAUCGUAUAUUUUCUGACGAUUCGUAUUUUCCGCCAGCAAAAAAUUGAGAAUUCGGAAAAGCCUCUUUACGCUCGUGAGCUGAGUGGACCGAUUGAAAACCGAACUCACGUGGCAACCGAACAGUUGAACGUCGGAUGGACUGACAAUUUCCACAAGCAAUUCGAUUUCAACAAAAGCACCCAGAUUCUACCAAAAACUAUGUUUUACUAUCCGAAACAGGAACCAAACAAAAUAGUUUUUACGAUUGACGUCUCCGGUUAUAAACCCGUGAACUGACUCAUGACUAACUCAACGUAAACGUUCGAUUCGACUCAGUGUAUGAACUUGAAAACUUAUUGAAAAAUCACCAGACACAGAUUUCUUGGUAAAAUCAUGGCCUCUGAUCAAUCAAACAAUCGUGAGUUAAUGAGUUAGUCAUCGAGUUAAUUCGAGUUAACUCACCACUAGAAUUGAAGCUCGAGUUUAACUCGUUGAUCAAACUUUGAAUUUUGAUUGUGAACUUGAACGAUUUUUAAGUCGUUUCAAUACUUCAUUCAGACAUUAAGGGUCCAAGUUCAAAUUAUUAUGACUGCAAGCAAAAUUAUAAUAAAAGCAAGUUUAUUUCGUUGA